AUGCCGAAGAACAAGGGCAAGGGAGGCAAGAACCGCCGCCGCGGUAAGAACCAGAACGAGCCGGACAGGCGCGAGCUGGUGUUCAAGGAUGAGGGCCAGGAGUACGCGUUGGUGACGCGCAUGCUCGGCAACGGGCGCUGCGAGUGCAGCUGCUUCGAUGGCACGACGCGCCUUGGCCACAUCCGCGGCACCAUGCGCAAGAAGGUGUGGAUCAACAAGGACGACAUCAUUCUCGUCAGCUUGCGCGACUACCAGGACGGCAAGUGCGACAUCAUCCUCAAGUACACCAUGGACGAGGCGCGAAACCUCAUCAAGAACGGGCAGCUCCCAGCCGACACAAAGCUCAACGAGGGCGGCGACUCCGACAAGGAGCAGGACGACACCGUUGUCUUCGCCGAGGUUGACAACGCAGGCGACGAGGAGGACUUUGACGUCGGUGGUGACGUCGACAUUGAUGACCUCUAA